AUGAAGAAAACGCGUAAGAAGACACACCGCGCGGUGCGUCGGUGCCCCAAAAACAGCAGACGUCAAUACAGGGACCUGAAGAAGCAGAUGCACGAUGAAGUAAUGCGAUCCAAGUGGAACAACCAGGAGAGCCUUAAAAAGAAUAUCGCAAAGUUUACAUUGCAAGACUUCGAACACCGGCUUGCAAAGGAUGAAGAUCUUCUGCGACCUAGCGAGGCGAAGAAACUCAACGAGCAGCAACUCAUCAUCAUGAACAAGCUGUUCGCCAAAUUUGGGGACGACUGCGAGAAGAUGAGCAGAGACACGAAGACCAAUGUAUUCCAGUGGACAGCGGCUCAGUGCCGGCGUUUCCUGGGACUGUACACCAGCAAUCAUGUGUGCGCGUCCGCCAAGGAGCAUCUUUUGCCACAGAUGAAAAUGGCGCCCAGCGCGGCUCACGAAGCUGUUCUUCAGCAGCGGCGGGAGGUCGCGGAGAAGGAACGGCAAGAACUCGAGACAGAAAUUCGAGAAGAACUGAAACGGCGCAGCUGCGACAAGAGUAAAACCCGGAAGGUUCAGAAGCAAAGCAAGAAAGUAGGAGGUGCGGAGAAAGCAAUCGCACGCAACAGUUGA